AUGGCUCCGGAAGAGAAGAAUGCACAAAUACGAAACUCGAAUUCCAGCCGUUGGAAUAUUCCAGCAAAGUGGUGUCCUAACUCGAUUGUUAAUUGCUCCGCGCAACACAAACUAGGUGACAACGUUUCGUGUUUGCACCUUUUCCAAGAACAAAUUCGCAAAAUACGUGCAAAAUCCCGCGAUCGCCAAAUUCGAAAAAGGGAAAACGCCAAAUCAACGAUCUCAGGUCCUGUCUCUUGCGAAGCAGAUGGCGUCGUGCACCAGAUCGGCCCGUCCGGCUCAGACAAGCUGUACCUUCGCCGGGGAAACAACCCCUUCGUCACAUGA